GUCUCUGCUGACUCCGUCACACUCUCACCCCAGAUCUCACUCCGCUGAUCGAUCCACCAACCCGCCGCGGCGCCGCCCAAUUCCGGCCGCCGGCGAUGGACGCUUACGAGCUCCCCUUCGCCGUCCACAUCCCGCCGGCCCUUCUCCACGCGGCCGCAGUUCUCGCGCUCGCCGCCGCCGCCCACUUCCUCCACCUCCCCUCCCUCCUCCUCUACGCCGUCCACACCUACAUCCACCCGGACGCCGUUCCCUCCAAGGGGCCCCGCGCCAUGCUCCGCCCUCCCAACUCCGGCCCGCCCAACUCCAGGCGCGGCGCCCCCGCCUCCGCCUUCGACGACGACGGCUCCAGCUCCAACUCCUCGCAGCUCUACCGCCUGCGCCUCUCCCACGGCACGCUCGCCUCCCGCCCGCACUUCGCCGGGUUCCACCUCGCGCUGCUCCUCCCGCUCGCGGUCCUCCCGCCCGCGCUCCUCCUCCCGGCCUCCCAGGCAAGCCCCGUCGCGCCGCUCCUCCCGCUCGCCUUCCUCUUCGCCGCGCUCCUCCGCCACGCCGUCACGCUCCCUUCGGCUGCCUCGCGCACGCCGGGGCCGCACCUCGCCUCCGCGCUCGCCGUGCUCCUCGUCGCCACGGUGCUCUCCUCCAGCCCCUUCGCCGGCUCGCUUGCCUCGCUCGCCGCGCUCCCGGCCUCCCGCUUCGCGCGCGCCUUCUGGCUCGGCACCGACCAGCCCCGCACCGGGCUCGCCGUCCUCGCGUCCUCCGCACCCGCCCGCCUCCUCCUCCACCUCGCCGUCCUCGUGUCCUCCGCGGCCUCGGUUCUGCAGCUCUGUGGGUUCCUCAACGGCCCGGAGCUGGAGGUGAAGGUCCUGGCCGCAGCCGCGGGGUUGCAGCUGCUGGCCUCCAGGGCGGCCGUGCAGAUGUACCUCAACGAGGCCGUGUUCUGCUGGUACCAGCGCCUGCACGUGAACCGCUCGCCGGACACGGAGUACGGCCGUGCCAAGGUAUUCCUGCACAACCAUCACCUCUGCGUGGCUGCCACGCAGUUCGUUGUGCCGCCGCUGCUCGUGCUGUCACUGCUGGCGCUGUGGUGGGUGCAAGGGAAAGACUUCUUUGAGGGCGUGGAGGGCCUGGACUGGCUUGUUGGCUGGUCAGUAGCCAUGAAGGAGGCAGCAUUGCUUGCGGCACGUUGGGUCGUGGCGGUGUGGUCGGCGGUCACUGUGGGCACGCUCGUGUGCUACAAACGCGGAUGGUUGUUCGUGUCAUGACCUGAUUGAUUCGUUUCGACCUGUAUUUGAUAGAGCCAGAUUCCACAAGUGAUUGCCGGAAUUUUGGUAGGACGGCACAAGUUUUUGGUAUGCAUUUUUUUGAAAAUUUUGAAUUUUGUGUGCCUGUUCUUUACUGGAGAAGCAAUUCCAGAUCAGAUGUUUAUACGAUACUGACCAGAGAUUUGUUCACAGUCAGAAACUGACUGGUCAGUCACCCUGUUGUACCCUUACUGUAUCCUCUUUCAUGGAUCAAUGAAUCAUUUGUUUUCCAAUUGAAA